UCUUUUUUCUGCAGCGCAGCGCGCUUUCUCUCAGCAUCUUUCCUAGAUUUUUUUUUCUUUCCCUGCUGAGAGGCUGAAAAGGGUGGGGCCGCUUCCCUGCUGCAGAGACGCCGACGGCGGCAGCUGCAGCAGCAUCUUCGGGAGCAGCAGCAGCGGCAGAGUCAGCAACGCUCAGCCUCGCUGGAGGUGACCGCCUCCCAGCCCUGCUAGGUGGCCGGCUGGAAGGAGAAUAAAAGACGACUCGUCCGCGGCCGCGGCGGCCCCGGUGCCCGGCCCUCCCGCUGCGCCAUGGCCUAAGGCCGUGGCCACCUCGCCGCGCGUCGCCGGGCUCGGCCGGGGGUGCGCGCCGCCGCCGCAGCCUCAGGGAGGGGCGCGUCCGGACGCCUUCUUCGGGGACUCGGGGCUCUGCGGCUCGCCCCGCCGGUGCCUGCAGCGGGCGGCUCCCCAGGCCUCUCUGCAGCAGCCGGUAACCCAGGGACUUGAUCUCGGUGACAGCGGCGCCGCCCCUACCUUCCCGGGUGCUUUCUGAGGGCGGAGGGCGAGGCACGCAGUCUACCCAGGAAAAAAAGAAAAAAAAGAAAAAAAACACCAAACCGGUGGGAAUCAGAUUGGCCGGUGGAGGGCCAGAGGACUGGAGAAGGAGUAAGGGACUCGCCUUCGCACCACAAAGAGAAGAAGGGAAGACCCGCUUUGCAGCUACCAGCAUGGCGUGGCCGUGCAUCACGCGGGCCUGCUGCAUCGCCCGCUUCUGGAACCAGCUGGACAAGGCGGACAUCGCCGUGCCGCUGGUCUUCACUAAGUACUCGGAGGCCACCGAGCACCCGGGCGCCCCUCCGCAGCCGCCGCAGCCGGUGCAGCCGGUGCAGCCGGUGCACGCGCCCCCCUCGGCGCCCGCGGCGGUCGCCAUAGAGACGCAGCCGGCCCAGGGCGAGCUGGAUGCAGUUGCCCGGGCAACGGGACCGGCUCCGGGGCCCAGCGGCGAGCGCGAGCCGGCGGCCGCCUCGGGCCGGAGCAGAGCGGGCCCCGCCGGCCCGGGCUCGGGCUCGGGCUCCGGCUCCGGCCCCUCCGGCGCGGGCCCCGCGGACUCGGUGAUGCGGCAGGACUACCGCGCCUGGAAGGUGCAGCGGCCCGAGCCGAGCUGCCGGCCGCGCAGCGAGUACCAGCCGUCCGACGUGCCCUUCGAGCGCGAGACGCAGUACCAGAAGGACUUCCGCGCCUGGCCGCUGCCGCGCCGCGGCGAUCACCCGUGGAUCCCCAAGCCCGCGCCCGUCCCCGCCGCCGCCGCCCCGGCGCCGUCCCCCGGGCUCCUCGGGACGCCCAAGCGCCGGCCCCCGAGCCAGGAGCGCCGGCCGGUGCAGGUGGCCGCCGAGGCCCCGGAGCGGGCGGCCGCGGCCCCCGGCGGAGCGGGUGUGGUCGUCGGGGCGGGAGAGGCGAUGCGCUCGGACGAGCGCUACACGCGCAAGAAGGCCGGGCCGGCCUGGAUGCUGCGCCGUGCCGAGGGGCUGGGCCCGGAGCAGACGCCGCUGCCCGCCGUCCCCGCCGCUGCCGCCGCCCAGGCCCAGGCCGCGGCCGCGGGCCCCGAGGCGGGCAAGGGGCGAGCGGCGGCUGACGCCCUCAAUAGGCAGAUCCGCGAGGAGGUGGCGACUGCCGUGGGCAGCUCCUACAGGAAUGAGUUCAGAGCGUGGACGGACAUCAAGCCUGUGAAGCCAAUAAAGGCGAGGCUCCAGUACAAGCCCCCGGAUGAUAAGAUGGCUCAUGAGACCAGCUACAGUGCCCAGUUCAAGGGGGAAGCCAACAAGCCAACACCAGCUGACAAUAAGUUUAUGGAGCGCAGAAGAAUACGCAGCCUCUACAGCGAGCCUUUCAAGGAAUGCCCAAAGGUGGAAAAAACUAGCGUUCCGAGUUCCAAACCAAAAAAGACCUCAGCGAGCCACAAGGCCCCGAGGAAGUCCAAAGACAAGCAGGUGGUGCCGGGCCGGGCCCUCAAGAAAAAGAGCGCCGAGGGCGCCAGCGCCCCCCAAGCCCAGCCCGAGGACAAGGAGCCAAGUAAAGAGAUGAACAAUAAGCUGGCUGAGGCGAAAGAGAGCCAGGCCCGUCCCACCAGCGACUCGCAUAAGAAUCGAGGUCCUGUAGCCAAAGAGCCAGACAAGGAUAAAGGUCCCGUGGGCCUGGGGCCUCUGAAAGGUCAAGGCCCUGUGAUCCAAGAGCCUCGGAAGGACCAGGGCCCGGCUGUCCCAAGGCCUCUGAAGGAUCGAGCUCCUGAGGUCCCAGGGCCUCUGAAGGAUCGAGCUCCUGAGGUCCCAGGGCCUCUGAAGGAUCGAGCUCCUGAGGUCCCAGGGCCUCUGAAGGAUCGAGCUCCUGAGGUCCCAGGGCCUCUGAAGGAUCGAGCUCCUGAGGUCCCAAGGCCUCUGAAGGAUCAAGCCCCCGGGGUCCCAGGGCCUCUGAAGGAUAAAGGUCCCAUGGUCCCCACAGCAGUUAAGGAUCAAGAUCACACGGUCCCUGGGCCUUUAAAGAAUGCAAGUUCCGGGAUCUCAGCACCAGUCAAGGACCAAGGUUCCUUGUUCUCGGUGCCACUAAGUAACCAAAUGGCUCCAGCAAGAGUUAAGGAUCAAGGUUCCAUGGUACUGGAGACUCCAAAGGAUCCAGGUCCUGCGGUUCCAGCAACUGUCAAGGAUCUAAAGGAUCGAAGUGCCAUGCUCAUCGCACCUGUAAAGAAAGAAGGCCCUGUGCUCUCUGAGCCUGCAAAGAACCAAGGUUCGGUGGUUCCAGAGCCAGUCAAGGGGCAGGGUGGCGGCGUCCCAGAGCUUCUGAAGGGCCACGAUUCUGCAGUUGUAAAGAAUCAAGGUUCUAUGGCCCCAGAAAAAGUCAAGGAUCACGGCACUGUGAUCCCCGAACCUCCAAAGAAUCAGGGUCCUGUGUUCCUUGAGCCCAUGAAGAUCCCCGUUCCUAUCACCUCGGUGCCUCUGAAAGAUCAAGAUCCUCUAGUGCCACCACCAGCCAAGGACCCAGGUCCUGUGGUCCCUGAACCUGUGAAGACUCAAGGUCCCAGGGGCCCGCAGCUGUCCACUGUCUCACCUCCACCCCCAGUCACCAUCCCAACUGUCCCCCAUGCAGAGUAUAUUGAGAGUUCCCCUUGACACUCACCCCUUGACACCAAGGAAGGAGGUGGCAGUGAAAGUGCUCCCUCCCUGGGGUAGCAAAGUCUCACAUUUAAUCUGCAUGAAACAGUAUUGUAUAGUCUUGCUGGAAUCUAAUAAAACAAAUCCCUCUGGCUU